UCAAAAAGGGGCGGAGCUCUGCGGCUGCGCGCGCAGCUCCUAGAGCGGGCGGUUCUUUUUUUCCCUGCGCCUGGUGCUGUCACCAUCCAAUACCGGAGACCGAAAAGUGAAAAGAAGCAGGCACGCCACGACACGCCUCAGUGGAACUCACAGAUGGGUAGGGGGAGAACACCACUGCAUUAAAUGAGAUCCCAACUCGGAGCGACACUGGAAGGACAGUCGUGUGUGGUGUCCCUGGGGAAGGGGCCGCUCUAGCUGAAAACUGAAUGACUAACAAACAGUACGCCAACAGGAGUUAGUGUGCACAGACAUGGGGGAGAGAAAAUCCGGCCCGUAAGAACAUGAGAGAAAUAAAGGAGCCUACAAAGUUGGAAUCUCAGACCUCAAGUUUUGUUAUGAGUUGCUAAAAUCAUGGUGAAAUGUUGCUCAGCCAUUGGAUGUGCUUCUCGCUGUUUGCCAAAUUCCAAGUUAAAAGGACUGACAUUUCAUGUAUUCCCCACAGAUGAAAACAUCAAAAGAAAGUGGGUACUGGCCAUGAGAAGACUAGAUGUGAAUACUGCAGGCAUUUGGGAGCCUAAAAAGGGAGAUGUGCUGUGUUCAAGGCACUUCAAGAAGACAGACUUUGACAAAAGCACUCCAAACACUAAGCUGAAAGCAGGAGCCAUCCCGUCUGUCUUUGAGUCCCCACAUCACUUGCAGGAGAAGAGAGAAAAGCUUCACUGUAGAAAAAACUUCAUUCUCAAAACCCUUCCUGUCACUAACCGCGGCCACCAGCUUGUUGACGCCUCGUGCAUUGACGAAUUCCAACCCCAGUUCAUUUUUGAACAUAGCUACAGUGUCAUGGACAGUCCAAAGAAACUUAAGCAUAAAUUAGAUCAUGUGAUCAUCGAGCUAGAGAAUACCAAGGAAAGCCUACAGAAUGUUUUGGACCGAGAGAAACAUUUUCAAAAAUCACUGAGGAAGACAAUCAUGGAAUUAAAGGAUGAAAGUCUGAUCAGCCAGGAGACAGCCAACAGACUGGGUGCUUUCUGUUGGGAGUGUUGUCAGGAAGGCACAGCCUGAGGCUGUAGUUUGGGAAGUCAUUUCUUAUAUGUUCCAUCUGCAGUUGACCUGACUGUGCUGCUUAGAAGAUCCUCCCACACUGCCACUCAAUCCCGUCGGCAACCACAGCUUAUGCAAGCCAAACACUUGGUAAGAUGUGCAGAAAGGUGCUGUGGGCAUGCUCUUGUGACAAUUAUGUGUUCACAGACCUAAACUAGUGCUGGGUCAGAACUGUACAGCGGUUAAAUCUCACAAAAGUGAGGAACUAGAUCAAGUUGGCCACAUGAAGUUCUGGCAGUUAGAGAGAACAACAUAUGUUUACUUGUAUGUGCUUUAUAGUAAGUUAUGAUUCUAAUUUUAAAUAUUUUACUAUAAAGGAGAAUUUGUUUACAACACAUGUUCGUCUUGCACCCACCCUAACGUACUUUAGUUAUUAAUCAUACUACAGAGUAUUCUUUCUAAUAAGGCACUUGGUAGCACUGUCCUGAGAAUAACGCAUGGAAAAGACUUGCCACCUUUUAAGUCUAGAGACCCCUGAUGCCAGUUGUCGGGUACAGUGCAUGCGCCAUUCCUCCACAGCGGGGCCAGCCUGAUGUAAACCAUAAAGAAUAGCUGUAAGCACCAGGAAGCAUGUAAAACCUAAGGAAACUUACAUAAAACACAAGAAAGCUGGAAAACAUAAGGAAAGCCUUUUAAAAUGUACAGGCCUUGCCAUGGAAAUAGAAACAGAGAAUUGAUGGCAGACCCGUGCCAGUAAUUAAUUACCCAGAGAAACGGACAUUAAACAGAGCUGCUUUGGAACUUCUUACCAAAUAGACAAAAGUCUUAGCUAUUUACUAACUGAGCCAAAUGUUCAAAAUUAACGGAAGAGUCAUAAAUACUGUCAUAAAAAGUAUUGGCCAAAGUCCCACCCCAUGCUGAGCACAGGUCUGUGAAUGAGCCUUACUCAGACCCGUGCAUCGUCACCAGAAUAUGUGUAGCAGUUGUUUCAUUGUUUUAUUAAAUCACUUUCAUGUUUUGUAACUGUUCCACAUUAGUAUCAUACCAAUGUGGUCACUUGAAGAUUUCUGUGUUGAGGAUAUUUAAUUUUCCUGUGGGACUGUAAAUCUUCCCUCUAAAAGAGACUUUUCCCACCUUUGAAAGGUAAGUGUUGUGCUGAGGGAGGGGACUGGCUGGGAUCAGUUUAUCCCCCUCACAUGUUUUCUUUUUCAUUGCCUGCUUGUCAUUCCUUCUCCCUGUGUAAUGUCGAAGUCACAGUGGGUGCUCUGACGGGAGGGUGGGAAGAUUCUAAGCCUCCAGACGCUCUCUGCGCGUUGACAUUGGAGUUGGUGACCGAGUGACUGAAAGGAAGGCUGCAGCAGUGUGCAGACUUCCCAUCCCCGGCUGCCUGCGAUAGAGCACCCCUGCAAGGCUCUCCACAGGAAGGGCCCAGAUUCUGCCCGGUUACGGUUACGGUUACACGGUCACUCUACUGCUUGUGUCUUGCUUAACUCGUCUUUGUCCUCUCUUUCACUGAGAAAUUGGUAACUGGGGGAAAUAUCAGUAAGAACUCAUUUGCUCUCUACUCUUCCAGAGGAGUGUUACCAAUAGAAGUCAGACUUAGUAUAGGAUCCCGACCACCUGCCACCUAAAUGCCUAAGCACAGUCCCUACCUCAGUCCAUCAGAGAUUGCAGCCUAGGUCUUCCAGGGAAGAACUGCUGGAUAUAAAGUAAAGCUACCCUAGGUGGUGAUGGUGAAUGCCUUUGAUCCCAGCACUGCAGGGCUUAGAGGCACAGGCAAGGCUACACAGAGAAAUCCUGUCCUGAAGAAACGAUGAUGACGAUGAUGAUGAUUAUGAUGAUUGAUGAUGAUGUAAAAUGUCAAGAUCAUGACCUAUCUAGAAGUCCUCAGGUACCCAAAGCUGACCCAAGAGCUCUACUUUCUAAACAUAGACUGGUCUCUAGACCUUGAAACACCCUUGAUUUCCAAAGAAGGUACGAAGGACUCCGUGUGGUAUUUUCUUCUCCGUAUCAAGUUUAUAGACUUCUGAAAAUAAACUUUGUUGCUAAACGUAGCUAUAAAUUAUGCAAGCCUUUAAUUUGAGAAAAGAUGAAAAUGUAUUAAAUAACAGUUUUAGUUUUUAAAAGUAAAAUUCUUAACAGAAAUAA